ACACGGAAUUUGAGCGCUACCGAAUAGUAGCUAUCCACAGCUAGGCUACUAAGCAGAGGGCAAGGGUGGGCUUGCGUGGAGGUAACAUUAGCUAGCAAGCAACAAAAACAAACUCUACUGCUCUCUGAAAACUGUCGAAUCCACCUCUAGCUUUAUAACAGGUAAUCGUCUCUGGACGACCCAGAAUGAGUCUGGACAAAGGAGAGCUAUGCGAUUCGUUACUCAACUGGUUGCAGACAUAUCAGGUGCCCUCCUGCACCAGCAAACAUGACCUCACUAGUGGAGUGGCCAUUGCCCACGUCCUACACAAGAUAGACCCGUCUUGGUUCAACGAGACAUGGCUGGGCAGGAUCAAAGAGGAGAGUGGGGAAAACUGGCGCCUGAAGGUCAGCAACCUGAAGAAGAUUCUACAGAGUAUGUUGGAGUAUUACCAUGAUGUUCUUGGCCAACAAGUCACCGAUGAGCACCUGCCCGACGUCAACCUGAUCGGAGAGAUGGGAGACGGGACUGAGAUGGGGCGACUGGUGCAGCUUGUGCUGGGCUGUGCUGUGAGCUGCGAGAAGAAGCAAGAACACAUUCAGCAAAUUAUGACUCUAGAGGAGUCCGUCCAACAUGUUGUCAUGACGGCCAUUCAGGAGCUCCUCACCAAAGAGCCGGUGGAACCGGGAAGUCCGGAGACCUUUGGCGACUUUGACUACCAGUCUAGGAAGUAUUAUUUCCUCAGCGAGGAGGUGGACGAGCAGGAAAACGUCUCCCGGCGCUGUCGAGACCUCGAGCGCCAGCUGGCCAUAGUCCAGGAGGAGCGGUCAGCCCUGCAGGCCGAGACCCAGUCCCUGAGGGAGCGCCUGCGCCGCAGCGACCCCCAGGACUCCUCCAACACCAUCACCAACAAGAAGCUGCUUCUGCUCCAGAGCCAGAUGGAGCAGCUGCAGGAGGAGAACUACAGGCUCGACAACAGCCGGGACGACAUGCGUGUGCGGGCGGAGAUUCUGGAACGGGAGGUCUUCGAGCUGCAGCACCGCAACGAGGACCUCACCAGCCUCGCCCAGGAAGCCCAGACGCUGAAAGACGAGAUGGACAUCCUCAGGCACUCAUCGGACCGCGUGAGCCGUCUGGAGGCGCUGGUGGACACGUACAAGCGCAAGCUGGAGGACCUGGGUGACCUGCGGCGACAGGUGCGUCUGCUGGAGGAGCGCAACACCGUCUACAUGCAGCGCACCUGCGAGCUGGAGGAAGAGCUGCGCCGAGCCAACGCCAUCCGCAGCCAGCUGGACACCUACAAGAGACAGGUCCACGAGCUCCACACCAAGCACUCAGCAGAGGCUGUGAAGGCAGAGAAAUGGCAGUUUGAGUACAAUAACCUCCACGACAAGUACGACUCCCUAUCCAAGGAGAAAGAGCGGCUGAUCUCGGAGAGGGACACCCUACGGGAGACCAAUGACGAGCUCAGGUGUGCACAGGUGCAGCAGAAGUGCCUUAGCCAAGCAGACAGCAGCCCCGUGGCAAACUUGGCGGCCGAGAUCAUGCCCACCGAAUUUAAGGAGACGGUGGUGCGUCUGCAGAAUGAGAAUAAGAUGCUGUGUGUCCAGGAGGAGAGCUUCAGACAGAGGCUCACGGAGGUGCAGGGGCAGCUAGAGGAGUCACAGCGCUCCAACAACACGCUGGAGACCCAGAACAGGCUAAACCAGCAGCAGAUCAGUGAGCUGCGCUGUCAGGUGGAGGAGUUGCAGAAGGCACUGCAUGAGCAGGGCAGCAAGACAGAAGAUUCCUCGCUACUCAAGAAGAAGCUGGAAGAGCACUUGGAGAAACUCCAUGAAGCCCAUUCUGAUCUGCAGAAGAAGCGGGAGGUCAUCGAUGACCUGGAGCCUAGUGUGGACAGCAACAUGGCAAAGAAGAUCGAUGAGUUGCAGGAGAUCCUGAAGAAGAAGGAGGAGGACAUGAAGAUGAUGGAGGACCGUUACAAACGCUACGUGGAGAAGGCCCGCACGGUGAUAAAAACUCUGGAUCCUAAGCAGAAGCCUUACACCAUACCUCCUGAGGUACAGGCCUUGAAGAACCAGCUGACUGAGAAGGAUCGCAAGAUCCAGCACCUGGAGCAUGAUUAUGAGAAAUCCAAAUCCAGACAUGAUCAGGAGGAGAAGCUCCUCAUCACUGCAUGGUACAACCUGGGUAUGGCCCUCAACCAGAAGGUGGCCGGGGAGCGCAGUGGACCUCCAGGCCAGGCCCAGUCCUUCCUGGCCCAGCAGAGGCAGAGCACGCAGGCCCGGAGAGGGCUCGCCAACCGCCUCCAGCCCAGAUAGAGCCCACCACCCACGCCGAUCCCACCUUACGAGAAUCCUCACUGUGAAGAAGUGAAAGGAUGAAAGGGGAGGAGGAUGAAGGAGGGGAAUGGGUGAGACAGUGGACUCAUGAACAGACCUCUGCACUAGUCCUCCAGUGCACCGAUGACCAGCCCUGACUGGCUACUCCUCUCCAUUGGCCUCUCUGAGGCUCUGAAAGACUGCUGCUACUCCCUGCUGGCAACUGCUGGUAGUGACUUUUAUUUAACAUUUGUUUUUAACCUCGGGCUGCAAUUAUAAGACACUGCCAUGUCCACUGAAGUUUUUGACAGUGGAUUUGAUGGAGAGGCAGCUGCAUCUUUAUGGUUAGCACAGGCAGCAGGCAAAGAAAGAAUCUUUUCUUGUCUUUGGUGUGCGCAAGAUGCCCUAAAAUGCUGCCUCUUUUUUUGUUCUUUUAUUCUUUUCUUUUUUUAAUUGCCCAUUAGGGAGUUUUUAAUAGUGAUCUCAUUUUAAUUAUAUAUUUAUCAUAAGCUCAGUGUCUCUGAGUAGAAGACUUGUCCUGGGGUAGAUGCACUCUGCUUCAGGGUCUUGGCGACAGGGUUUAGUUUGACACUAAUGUAGGUCAGGUCCCAUCUCUCAUUUGCACACUUUCUCAAUGUCCAAAACGAAUCACUUUAUAAGAACACUAAUCCAUGAAAAACCAAUGAACUUUGUGGGUGUAUGGGUAAAAGAGGUUGUUUCUGUUCCUUGAAUUAAGUCUUAUUGUUCCGUGUGUGGUUUCUUUUUUAUUUGGGCUUUUUCCUUUAAGUAGUCACCUUCAGUGAUUAGAAUGUAUUUUCUUCUUUGUUUGGUUUGUUUGUCAUUACGGACUGGAAUCCUUUAGCCGUAGCAUCAGGAUAGCAGAAAUUAGCACUUUUUUAAUCCACUUAGAAUGGCUCGUUUCAGUGCCUCUGAAGACAUUUGAGCACAUUUUCCUCCCUGACAUGUACCUUGGAGUCUUCAAAUCUCUUUUGAAACUCUGCACUUUUGGUGAACAAAUGUUUGUUGUUAUAUCUUUAGUUAAUAUAGUCUUCUAGAGUGGGCGAUAGGCUAUCAAUAUAGGCAACACGGUUGAUUAAUGUUACAUUUCAGUACCUUCCCGAAACAGUAUACUGUACAUCACUGUCUGAUUUACAGACUACACCAUGGAUGAUCCCUAAAGAACAAAUCAAUGGAGAGUAAUUUGCGCCAUGCGUCAUAGUUGUAACAUGGAAACAUAAUCUCAUUAAGAAAAAAGAUUUUCCAUUUAUUUUAUCUAACUGGAUAAUCUGCUGCUCACCAAGCAAUAGACAGAAAGGGCCAAGAUUUGAGAUACUGGCUUUUCCAAACUUUCUUAUUUAACUUGUCUUCUACUUCUAUAGAGUGAGUUUUUUUUUUUAAAUAGUUGUGCCCCUUUGAGAAUAUCCACCAAAGUCUAAAGCUUUAGAGUGAUUGAACGUCCACAAUUCCUUCAGUUCUUCAAGUUCUUUUUAACUACUUUAUCAAAUCAGUGGCACUUUAAUGAUUUGGCAAUUGGCCUCUUGGCCUUUAAAUCUUAAGAGCAUUGGCCUGCUUCUUGUCAGGACAACCUUGACUGGCACCAAGACUUCUUCAGUGAAUGUUAGACUGGACACCGUACUACUUUAUGCAUACAGCUGUUUUCAUGUUUUUGUGUUUUCAUUAUUUUAUUCUACAUGUGGUGUUUAGGUCCUAUACACUGGUACUCAUCUCUUGUUUAUGUGUCAUGUUGAUUUCUGUUCUGGAACAUUAUGUAGGUGUGGAUUUAAGGUGUUUAUGUAUCAUUUGUUUGGUUUGUGCCUGUGUAUAUUUUUUAUUUUUGUCUUUCAGUACUACAUAUUCUAUAAGAACAAAUGAAGGAGUCUAGCACAAGUAGUUGACACUGUCGGCCUGUGUUUUUGUGUUAUACACUACAAAUAAAACGUGGACUCUGUGCACCA